UUCUUUUUUAUUUUUUUCAUUCAAGUAAUUCAAUAAUAAUAUGAUCGCUCACUUUUAUUAUUUCAUCAAAGUCAAACACUUUCGUAUAGCCUAAAUCUCUAUGCUAAACGUGAAAACUUUCUCCCUUAAAAACUUUUCUUUUCAAUACUUCUCAUUGUUUUAAGGUAUUUUGUGUGUGUAUAAAGCAUGUGAUUUGAUCUUGUUUAUUGUAGUUUAUGUUGUAAAUUGAAAACUGGGUUGUAUUAGUUUUGAGUAUUUCAAGUUAUUUAUUUUAUGAUGGGUAGACUUUUUUUAAUAACACAAUUUUCAUAUUACAAAGUUUUGAUGAUAAUUUAUCUUGUACAUAGCCUUUUUUGUGAUGAAGCAAGAUGCCUUAAUUUGGAGGGUCAAUACCUUUUAGAUGUGAAGAGUAGAGUGGUAGAUGAUUUUAAUAAUUUGGGUGAUUGGAAUCCUAUGGACUCAACCCCUUGUGGAUGGAUUGGUGUAAGUUGUGGUAAUGAUAAUAUUAACCCAGUUGUAAAGUCUCUUGAUUUAAGCAGAAUGAAUCUAUCUGGAUCUAUUUCUCCUAGUAUUGGUGGAUUAGCUCAUUUAAUUCAUCUUGAUCUUUCCUUUAAUGGGUUUUUUGGAAGUAUUCCUAAAGAGAUUGGAAAUUGCUCCAACCUUCAAUCUCUUUCUUUACGAAACAAUCAUCUUAUAGGCCCUUUCCCUCAAGAGUUGGGCAAACUUUCAGCCUUGACUUAUAUGAAUAUAUGCAAUAAUAUGCUAUCUGGACCUUUUCCUAAUGUGCUUGGGAAUCUGUCAUCUUUGCUGGAGUUUGUGGCAUACACGAAUCGUUUCAGUGGUUCGCUGCCUCGUUCGUUAGGGAAGCUUAAGAAGUUGAGAAAGUUUAGAGUGGGCCAGAAUAACAUCUCAGGUAGCAUACCUGCAGAGAUAGGUGGAUGUGAGAGCUUGGAAUUGUUUGGUUUAGCUCAGAAUCAUCUAAGUGGAAACAUCCCUAAAGAGCUGAGUUUGUUGGGUAACUUGAGUGAGUUGGUUUUGUGGGAUAAUCAGCUUUCAGGGACGAUUCCAAGGGAGCUAGCAAAUUGCUCGAAUUUGCGAAUUCUUGCACUCUAUCAGAAUGCUCUUGUGGGUGAAAUUCCAAAGGAAAUUAUGACCCUUAAAUCCCUCACGAAGUUGUACCUGUAUAGAAAUUCUCUCAACGGCACAAUCCCAAGAGAGAUCGGUAAUCUUUCUGUAGGAUUAGAAGUUGAUUUUUCGGAAAACUUGUUGACCGGAGAAAUUCCUACCGAGUUUGGUAAUAUGGAGGGGUUGGAAUUGCUUCAUCUUUUUGAGAACCAGCUAAGAGGUGUGAUCCCGGUAGAGCUUACGAAGUUGAAGAAUCUGACUAGACUCGAUCUGUCGAUAAAUUAUCUGACGGGUACAAUUCCUGUUGGGUUUCAGUAUUUGAGUCAGCUUCAGAUGUUACAGCUGUUCAACAAUUCACUGGUUGGUACAAUUCCACCAGAACUUGGGUUACGUAGUCCCUUAUGGGUCCUUGAUGUCUCUUCCAAUGAUCUCACUGGAAGAAUUCCACAGAAUCUUUGCAAAAACUCUAACCUGAUUUUGUUAAAUGUGGGUUCAAACAGGCUUACUGGAAAUAUCCCAACUGACAUAAUCAGCUGCACUCCACUAGUGCAGCUUCGGCUGUAUGAUAACCGUCUCACAGGAAGCUUUCCAUCUGAAGUAUGCCGGUUGGUGAACCUUACUUCUGUUGAAUUGGGAAGAAAUGAUUUCAGUGGCCCUAUUCCGUCUGAAAUUGGAAACUGUAAGAAGCUACAGAGGCUUCUCCUGUCACGCAACCACUUCACGUCCACUUUGCCUGCAGAAAUCGGCCAACUUUCAGAGUUGGUGGCCUUUAAUGUCUCGUCCAACUCAUUUAGCGGGUCUAUACCAUCUCAUAUCUUCAAAUGCAGCUUGCUACAAAGGCUCGAUCUCAGCAGGAACAAUUUUAUCGGCCUCUUGCCUGAUGAGAUCGGAUCUCUUACUCAUUUGGAGCUUCUAAAGCUCUCUGACAACAGCCUUUCUGGGAGAAUACCUGCAGUUCUAGGCAACCUAUCUCGUUUAACCGAGUUGCAGAUGGGUGGAAACUUGUUUUCGGGACAAAUCCCUCCCGAAUUGGGUAGGUUAUCAAGCCUUCAAAUCGCUUUAAAUCUUAGUUACAACAAUCUAUCAGGGAAAAUUCCCUCUGAGCUCGGAAAUCUUGCAUUAUUAGAGUACCUUUACCUUAACAACAACCAGUUGUCAGGCCAAAUUCCUAGUUCAUUGCAGAAACUAUCAAGCUUACUAGGAUGCAACUUCUCUUACAAUGACCUGAAUGGUCCUAUACCAUCCUUGCCCGUGUUUGAAGGAGCUUCUGUUUCCAGUUUUGCCGGUAACAAGGAUCUGUGCGGUGGACCCCUUGGCGUUUGCAGCAAUACUGGCUCUCCCCUCUCUCUUCCAGAUAACUCGGGAAAGAAGACUCUCCGCGUUGGUAAAAUUGCUGCUAUAAUUUCAGCUGUUGUUGGUGGUGUUUCUCUAUUCUUCAUUGUUGUGAUAUUAUACUUAAUGACUCGUCCUGUCGAUAUUGUUACGCCACUGCAUGAGAUCGAAAAGUCAGUGAGUGAUGUGGGUUCAAAUAUUUACUUCUUCCCAAAGGAAGGAUUUAGUUUUGAAGACCUUGUUACUGCCACUGAUGAUUUUAAUGAAGAAUUUGCGAUUGGUAGAGGAGCUUGUGGAACCGUUUACAAAGCAGUAAUGUCAUCCGGCUUAACAUUUGCUGUAAAAAAGCUUUGUUCUAAUAAGGAAGAUGAAAGCAUCAAUGAGAGUUUUAGGACUGAAAUUUCAACAUUAGGGAAAAUAAGGCAUCGUAACAUAGUGAAGUUGCAUGGGUUUUACUUUCAUGAAGGUUCCAAUUUCCUUCUUUAUGAGUUCAUGCCAAGGGGUAGUCUUGGGGAACUCCUUCAUGGGCAAUCCUAUUCCUAUAAUCUCGACUGGCAAACUCGAUUUCUCAUUGCUUUCGGGGCUGCUCAAGCUCUCUCUUAUUUGCACCAUGAUUGUAAACCUUCAAUAAUACAUCGCGACAUUAAGUCCAAUAACAUACUCCUCGACGACAAUUUUGAGUCUCAUGUUGGAGAUUUUGGGUUGGCUAAAGUAGUUGACAUGCCUUAUUCCAAGUCUGUCUCCGCAAUUGCUGGAUCAUAUGGAUACAUUGCCCCUGAAUACGCAUACACCAUGAAAGUGACAGAAAAAUGUGACAUAUACAGCUACGGGGUGGUGAUGCUAGAGCUAUUAACAGGAAAAACGCCAGUUCAACCAUUAGAUGAUGGAGGUGAUCUUGUUUCAUGGGUCAGAAACUACAUCAACAACAACUCGAUAUGUAGUGGUAUAUUCGACACUCGAUUAAACUUAGAAGAUGAAAAUAUUGUUGCACAUAUGAAAAUGGUGUUAAAGAUAGCAUUGUUGUGUACAAGUAUGUCUCCUCAUGAUCGUCCAUCCAUGAGAGCUGUUGUGUCAAUGCUCAUUGACUCUAAUCACCAACACGGACACUAUAAUCUCUUCCCAACUAGAGAUGUAAGCUAUAAAGAUGAUCAAACAUCUUCCUAAUUUACUUUUCUAUUUAUGAAAUUAUUAAUAUUAGUUUGUAUCAUUGUACAUAUGGAAGUAUAUGGAUUAAUAAUGAGGUCUAUAUUUCUUCAAGAUUCAACUUUUGAUACUGAUUGUUUCCACAAAAUAAAGUUCAUUUUGUCCAAACUUUCCAAAAA